AUUCCCAGUUACCACCCAAACCGGCGGCCAACCCAACCCGAAUCAAUUCGAAACGCGGACAAACCCUAGCUCGGACACCAGCACCACCCUCAGCCAUGGCGCCGGCGCCGGCGGAGGCUGGUCCCGGCGAUGACGGGCUUAGGAAGCUGGAGUACCUUUCCCUGGUCUCUAAGGUUUGCUCUGAGCUCGAGACCCACAUCGGCGUCGGCGACAAGGUGCUGGCCGAGUUCAUCACCGAGCUCGGCCGCGACUCCACAACCGUCUCCGAGUUCGACGCCCGGCUCAAGGAGAAGGGCGCCGACUUCCCCGACUACUUCGUCCGUACGCUCCUCACCAUCAUCCAUGCCAUCCUCCCGCCGACCUCCUCCAACCCUAGCUCUGCUGCCGUCGCCGCGGGCCCCGCUGGCGCGGAGGCGGCCAAGUUCCCCGGGCUCGCGCGCCCCGACGACCCCGACCACGCUCGCAACCUCCGCCUCGAGCUCGAGCGGGAUGCCGAUGCGGCCGCUCCUGCUCCGCCGAGGGACGACCGCGACCGCCGCUGGGAUGGGAGAGGACGAGACCGGGGCGACCGGGACUACGGCCGCGGCGGCCGUGACCACGACCGAGACCGCGGCGGCCGUGACCACGACCGAGACCGCGGCGGCCGUGACCACGACCGAGACCGCGGCGGCCGUGACCCCGACCGUGACCGCGGCGGCCUCGACCCCGACCAUGACCGCGGCGACCGCAACAGGGAUAGAGGGCGCGACCGUGAGUAUGGCCGUGAUAGGGAUCGGGACCGUGGCCGAGAUCGUGAUGGGGACCGGCACCAGGAUAGAGACAGAGGAAGGGACAGAGAUAGAGACUGGGAGAGGAGCAGGAGGUAUGCAGAUGACGAGGAAGAGGAGAGGGGUGCUGGACGAAGGGGAAGGGAGGUUGCUGCUUCAAAUCCCAGUGGGGAGCCCGAACUGUACGAGGUGUACCGAGGGAGGGUUACCCGGGUGAUGGACACUGGAUGCUUUGUCAGGCUUGAGGAUGUCCGCGGUGGCCACGAGGGACUUGUUCAUGUAUCACAGAUGGCGAGCAGGCGUGUGGCCAAUGCAAAGGAGGUGGUGAAGCGUGACCAGGAGGUGUAUGUGAAGGUAGUUUCGGUGAAGGGGCAGAAGUUGAGUUUGUCGAUGCGGGAUGUUGAUCAGGAUACUGGGAAAGACCUCCUGCCGAUGCAGCGUGGUGGGGAUGAUGCACCAAGGGUGAACCCAUCAGGUGGCAAUGGCAGUGGCAUGGGGUCCGGCAAGAGGCUGGGUUUGUCAGGUAUUGUGAUCACAGAGGAGGAUGAGGCAGCCCCAACGUCAAGACGACCACUCAAGCGAAUGAGCUCACCAGAGAGGUGGGAAGCAAAACAGCUUAUUGCCUCAGGUGUGCUGGAUGUGAGGGAUUAUCCAAUGUUUGACGAGGAUGGGGAUGGUAUGAUGUACCAGGAGGAAGGUGCAGAGGAAGAGCUUGAAAUUGAGCUAAAUGAGGAUGAACCAGCAUUCUUGCAGGGGCAGAGCAGGUUUUCAAUUGACAUGUCACCUGUAAAGAUCUUUAAGAAUCCUGAGGGCUCCCUGAGUCGAGCAGCAGCCCUACAGAGUGCUCUCAUCAAGGAGCGUCGUGAGGUUCGAGAACAGGAGCAGAGAGCCAUGUUAGAUUCAAUCCCCAAGGAUCUGAAUCGACCGUGGGAAGACCCAAUGCCUGAUACAGGUGAGCGGCACCUUGCACAGGAGCUGCGAGGUGUUGGCCUUUCAGCUUAUGACAUGCCUGAAUGGAAGAAAGAGGCUUAUGGAAAAGCUUUAACUUUUGGACAAAGGUCAAAGCUUUCAUUACAAGAGCAGAGGCAGUCUCUUCCUAUUUACAAGUUGAAGAAAGAGCUUAUACAAGCUGUACAUGAUAAUCAAGUUUUGGUUGUUAUUGGAGAGACUGGUUCUGGGAAGACGACACAGGUGACACAAUAUCUGGCUGAGGCAGGUUAUACCACACGGGGUAAAAUCGGGUGUACUCAGCCUCGUAGGGUUGCUGCAAUGUCUGUUGCAAAGAGAGUAGCCGAAGAGUUUGGUUGUCGGUUGGGAGAGGAAGUUGGUUAUGCUAUCCGUUUUGAGGACUGUACUGGUCCAGACACGGUGAUUAAAUACAUGACUGAUGGUAUGCUUCUGCGUGAAAUUCUUGUUGAUGAGAACCUUUCCCAGUAUUCUGUUAUCAUGCUUGAUGAAGCCCAUGAAAGGACCAUCCACACUGAUGUGCUCUUUGGUUUGCUGAAACAACUUAUUAAGCGCAGAUCUGAUAUGAGGCUUAUUGUUACUUCUGCCACCCUUGAUGCUGAGAAGUUCUCAGGAUAUUUCUUCAACUGUAACAUCUUCACAAUUCCUGGAAGAACUUUCCCAGUAGAGAUACUGUACACUAAACAACCUGAAAGCGAUUACUUGGAUGCAGCAUUGAUUACUGUGCUGCAGAUUCACUUGACAGAGCCAGAAGGAGACAUCCUUCUUUUCCUGACAGGGCAGGAGGAAAUUGAUCAUGCCUGCCAAUGUCUUUAUGAGAGGAUGAAGGGGCUAGGCAAGGAUGUUCCUGAACUGAUAAUCUUGCCUGUGUAUAGUGCCCUUCCUAGUGAGAUGCAAUCAAAGAUCUUUGACCCAGCUCCACCUGGUAAGAGGAAAGUUGUGGUGGCGACCAAUAUUGCUGAAGCUUCUUUGACAAUUGACGGUAUAUACUAUGUUGUGGAUCCUGGUUUUGCUAAAAUCAAUGUGUAUAAUUCAAAACAAGGGCUUGAUUCAUUGGUCAUCACUCCAAUAUCGCAAGCGUCCGCGAAACAAAGAGCAGGGCGCGCAGGGCGUACUGGACCUGGCAAGUGUUAUCGUCUAUACACUGAAAGUGCCUACCGGAAUGAGAUGUCCCCCACAACGAUUCCAGAAAUACAGAGGAUCAACUUGGGAUCUACAGUUCUUAAUAUGAAGGCGAUGGGAAUAAAUGACCUGUUAUCCUUUGAUUUUAUGGACCCCCCAGCACCUCAAGCAUUGAUUUCUGCCAUGGAACAGUUGUACAGCCUUGGCGCUCUUGAUGAAGAGGGCCUUCUAACCAAAUUGGGGAGAAAAAUGGCAGAAUUUCCAUUGGAUCCACCACUUUCCAAGAUGCUACUAGCCAGUGUUGACCUUGGAUGCAGUGAUGAGAUACUGACCAUCAUAGCUAUGAUUCAAACAGGGAAUAUAUUCUACAGGCCACGAGAGAAACAGGCUCAAGCUGAUCAAAAGAGGGCCAAAUUUUUUCAGCCAGAGGGAGACCAUCUUACUCUACUUGCUGUAUAUGAGGCCUGGAAGGCAAAGAACUUUUCAGGGCCCUGGUGUUUUGAGAACUUUGUUCAAUCAAGAUCAUUGAGGAGAGCCCAGGAUGUGAGGAAACAACUUCUCACAAUCAUGGACAGAUAUAAACUUGAUGUUGUAUCCGCUGGGAAAAACUUCACAAAGAUAAGGAAAGCGAUCACUGCAGGCUUCUUUUUCCACGCCGCCAGGAAGGAUCCCCAGGAAGGAUACAGAACCUUGGUCGAAAAUCAGCCAGUGUACAUCCACCCUAGCAGCGCAUUGUUCCAGCGCCAGCCAGACUGGGUCAUCUAUCAUGAGCUUGUGAUGACAACAAAGGAGUACAUGAGGGAGGUGACCGUGAUCGAUCCAAAAUGGCUUGUUGAGCUGGCGCCAAGGUUUUAUAAGGGUGCUGACCCCACCAAGAUGAGCAAGAGGAAAAGGCAGGAGAGGAUCGAGCCUCUGUAUGAUAGAUACCACGAGCCCAACUCUUGGCGUCUUAGCAAGCGCCGAGCUUGAUUGUAACUCACUGAAACUGUGUACUGUAUGUUCUUCAGUGCUGGUUGAUCUAUUUCCAUGUUCCAACUUCAAGUUCCAACUAACAAUUUUGUCGAAACUGUAAAUAUUUGUGAAUUGACACAUUUAAGCAUCUCUAAGGCCCUGUUUGGCAUGUUGGUAAUAUUGUGGACCUGUAAUUAAUUACAAGUGUAAAUUCUUGUGCGCGCAACAAAAGUACAAAACCCCUUGGAUACAAGUGGUAUCUUUUC